AAUUUACUUAUCUUCUAGAUCAAGAAAUCCAUUUUUCAUAUAAAUCAACAGAAAUGUUUGAAAACAAAAACCCUCCAUCCUCUCUUAAACCCUAAACCCUCUUUCAACUCCAAAUGGGAAGCAGCCAAGCCGCAGUCUCCUUCCUAACAAACCUCGCCCGGGCCGCUAUCGGCUUCGGCGUUGGAGCCACCGCUCUCAAUUCCUCCCUCUAUACCGUCGACGGUGGCCAACGCGCCGUCCUCUUCGACCGUUUCCGCGGCAUCCUCGACGAAUCAAUUGGCGAGGGAACUCAUUUCCUCAUUCCAUGGGUUCAAAAACCAUACAUUUUCGAUAUCAAAACUCGUCCCCACACUUUCUCGUCAAUCUCCGGUACCAAAGAUCUUCAAAUGGUUAACCUAACUCUCAGAGUCCUCUCUCGUCCCGACACCGAAAAACUCCCUGUCAUAGUUCAAAACCUCGGUCUCGAAUACGACGAGAAAGUUCUCCCUUCUAUCGGUAACGAAGUUCUGAAAUCUGUUGUAGCGCAGUUCAACGCUGAUCAGCUUCUUACCGAACGUCCACAGGUUUCUGCCCUUGUCAGGGAGACUCUUGUCCGACGUGCUAGGGAUUUUAACAUCCUUCUCGAUGAUGUGGCGAUCACACAUUUGUCUUAUGGCGGUGAAUUUUCGCGUGCUGUUGAGCAGAAGCAGGUUGCUCAACAGGAAGCUGAGAGAUCAAAAUUUGUAGUCAUGAAGGCUGAGCAGGAGCGUCGUGCUGCAAUUAUUCGCGCAGAAGGAGAGAGUGAGGCUGCUAAGUUGAUUUCUGAUGCUACUGCUGCUGCUGGGAUGGGGUUGAUUGAGCUUAGGAGGAUUGAAGCUUCCAGGGAAGUUGCUGGAACGCUUGCGAAAUCACCUAAUGUUAUUUAUCUUCCUGGUGGAAAGAGCAUGAUGAUGGCUCUUAAUGGUGCUAGUUGAUUAUUGCGAGCAUGGAAAGGUUGAGGAUAUCGAUCAGACAUCAUGAAGCAGAUAGAAUAAGUAUUCCGACACAGAAACUGAGUUUCAUUUCAUGUGUGCUGAUGCCUUGAAAGAAACUGAGUAAAAAUAGUUUUUGAUAUGUUGCAUUAUUUUUGUUUUUACUCUUUAAAAUGUUGAAAUUGAGUAGAGCAAAAAGCUCAUUAGGUGAACAUUUUAUUUGCCAAACAACUUACUCAACUUCUGUUAUGCUCUCCUACCCAGUACAAGCAUGAACAUUUGUUUCUGAGCA